GGUGUGGACUGGCAGCCACUCUGCAGCUGGCCGCCGGGGACCUGGUCCCUCCCGCGAGCCGAAGUGAUGGAGGGGAAGAUAUCCUCUUAGACACAUACACGCGCGCGCAUCCAGCUGGGCACGUCUCCGGGAGGCAGCAGCCGGCUCCAGCGCGCCAGGGACCGGGCGGCGGCCGUGACAGUGCGAGCGGCAGGGAGUCCGCGGUCCUCACAGCUUGAAACCGGCCGCAGGAGGACGAGCGAGGGAAGAUCUCAGCCGCACUGACUUGCUCUUUUAGAGACAUCCGGAGGGACCGAGUUCCUGACACUGUCACCACGGAUGCCCGAGGCUCUGCCCCUCGCUUGAGGGGUCCCGGUGGGCGCCGGUGCCCGCGUCGUGAGAGGAGAAUGCAAACCUCCUCCCGCAGAGCUCCUGCAGUCCCCUUCGCUGCGUGGAGUCGGGCUCCAGCGGCUGCCCCUGACGUGCUCGCGCCGCGGGAGCGCGCCCUGCCGCACCUGGCUCCAGCCUCCUAGGGAAGUGCGCGAAACGCGCCCUAAACUCCACUACUUGUCCCCUCCCCUCGCCGCUCUCCGCCAAGGACCUCGCGGCGGCCGCGGUCGCCGCCUCAGAGUGAAAACCCGCCCGCCCCGCACUCACGCGUGAGUACGGCGCUGCUUGCCUGCCCUGCUCGCCUGCUGGCUCACAGCCGAGCUUCCCAAACUACUGGACCACUUCUUCAGACCUCGGGAAAGGCCUGGCGACCCGGCGCGACUGGUCUGGACCACCACUUCCCAAAUUGCGGCCGGCGCUGAGGCUGUGGCCACUGGGGACUACGACAUAACCAGGCCUCACUGGCUUAAGACUGGUGGUGUCUGCUGCCCACCUCAGGAGUCUCAACAGCCAGCUGACACCCUCAGAAACUAGACGGAGACUCUCGUCCAUACAUACAGGACUUUCUGGAUAAAGAUGUGAAGGUUCUCACAGGGAGGAAAGCUCAGAGGACACCAGGAGGUGAGGCCAUGGGACAUCCAGUAGCUGGAUAAUCCUCACUGGAGUAACUGAGAAGUGUCUGAAUGUAGGCUGCGGCAGUCCUGAAGGUUGAUGGAGGGCCAUGCUAUUCAAACAGCAGGCGUGGCUGAGACAGAAGCUCCUGGUGCUCGGAAGCCUUGCUGUUGGGAGCCUCCUGUAUCUCGUUGCCAGAGUUGGGAGUUUGGAUAGGCUCCAGCCCAUUUGCCCUGUUGAAAGCCGAUUUGGUGGUGCCCAGAAUCAGGCUGAGCUCCCACUCCGAGCCCUGCAGUUUAAGAGAGGUUUGCUGCAUGAAUUCCGGAAAGGCAACUCUUCCAAGGAGCAGGUUCGCUUCCAUGACCUGGUCCAGCAGCUUCCCAAAGCCAUUAUCAUUGGGGUGAGGAAAGGGGGCACCAGGGCCCUGCUAGAGAUGUUGAACCUCCAUCCUGCAGUGGUCAAAGCUUCCCAAGAGAUCCACUUCUUUGACAAUGAUGAGAACUAUGCCAAGGGCAUUGAGUGGUACAGGAAAAAGAUGCCUUUUUCCUACCCUCAGCAAAUCACAAUUGAGAAGAGCCCGGCGUAUUUUAUCACGGAAGAGGUUCCGGAAAGGAUUUACAAAAUGAACUCAUCAAUCAAGCUGUUGAUCAUUGUCAGGGAGCCGACCACAAGAGCGAUUUCUGAUUACACUCAGGUGCUAGAGGGGAAGGAGAGGAAGAACAAAACCUACUAUAAGUUUGAGAAGCUGGCUAUAGACCCUAAUACCUGCGAGGUGAACACAAAGUACAAGGCGGUUAGGACCAGCAUAUACACAAAACAUCUGGAGCGCUGGCUGAAGUAUUUCCCAAUUGAACAGUUCCACGUCGUGGACGGAGACCGCCUCAUCACCGAGCCUCUGCCGGAACUACAGCUGGUGGAGAAGUUCCUGAACCUUCCUCCAAGGAUAAGUCAGUACAAUUUAUAUUUCAACGCUACAAGAGGGUUUUACUGUUUGCGAUUUAACAUUAUCUUUAAUAAGUGCCUGGCGGGCAGCAAGGGGCGUACCCAUCCAGAGGUAGACCCCUCCGUCGUUACCAAAUUGCGCAAGUUCUUUCAUCCCUUUAAUCAAAAAUUUUACCAGAUCACAGGGAGGACAUUGAACUGGCCCUAAAAUAAUACAGCGUACAACACUAUGUGUUGUAUCUGGAAUCCCGUGGUUUCUUCUCUAGAUUAAAAUCUGCAUUUUCCCAAACACAGCUACCCAGAUCAUUUUUCCAUGAAUACUUGUAAAUAUGCAGUGUGUGACCAAAUAUAAGAUCAAUUUCCUUUUCUACUGAAAAUUUACAAAAAAAAAAAUAUGCUAAAUUGCUGUCUGCAUAGUUGCAUCUUUUAAGCUAUUUACAGUAAAAACAAAGACAAGGGAGAGAGAGAGAGAGAGAGAGAGAGAGAGAGAGAGAGAGAGAGAGAGAGAGAGAGAGAGAGAGAGAAGAGGUGAUGGGACUGGGGAAAGUGACCAGAUAUUCCAAGAGUUAGUCUUCCUUUGAUUCAGAACUUGUCACCCACCAUUUUCAUAGAUUUAAGCCAAAAGACGAAUGUGUGAAAAUGUACCAAUGGCUACGGAGCUUCGGGAAGCAGAGGAUUCAGAUUUAUGGUGUUUCAUUUCUGUUUGUUUUGUUUUGUUUUUGUCCUAAGGCUCUUUAAUUCAGAUGCUGGAUUGGUGCCAUGAAAACAGAAUAUUGCUAUUUUCUUAUAAUUUAAAAGAAUGUCUUAUCUCACAAAAUUGACCUUGUUCCAAAGUUCCAGUGGUAAUUUUGCACUAUUGUUUCCUUGUGUGGACCAUGGAGUCGUUUGUAGCAUGUCAAUCACGUGCUGGAGAAUCAAGUCCUUCUGCGUCCGUGUCGUAUGUCAACAAAAACGAAAUGUCCUGUACAUAUUGUAAAUAUAUGUAAAUACCAGUUUCACACUAAGUAAUUCUAUUUUGUAAACUGAAUAUGGCUAUUUAAUUUAUUGUGAAAACUAAAUUUAUUGUGGUAUUUAAAAUGGAAUGGAUUAAAAUCACACU